AUGGAUCAUUUGCAAUCCAUCUUACCCUUGCUUUCUAAAAGAUUGAACAACUUUGAUGGAUGGUUUUUGAAGUCAUGGGGGGAUGUUUCGGAGACGCCAGAUUUGAUGCCGGAAGACAUUUUGAUAGAGAUUCUGGCAAAGCUGCCCGCUAAAUCAUUGGUGAGAUGCUUGUGCGUGUCCAAAGGAUGGCGUGAUUUGAUCUUGAGUGCUUACUUUGGCAACAAACACUUGGUUAAUUAUUAUGAUCAUUCGAAGGAGGAGGAUCACAAACACGAAAACAUGGUACUUUUUAAGGAUGAGAAACCAAAGCAAUUGGCCGAGGCCACCGCAAGAAUACUUGCUAUUCCCUACAAAUUCUUCUUCUUCCUCCCAAUCGCCACCAGGAGUAGAGAAGAUUCCAGCAGUGGUCUGCGGGGUUUAGCUGUUUCCUCGGCUCUAGAUUUUCCCUACGAGACUGACCUCAGACUAAUACAACGAUCAUCGUGCAAUGGAAUCGUUUGCUUUAUGCAUGGUGAUGGUUUGCUUUAUUUGUGUAAUCCCGUAACUCGGGAUUAUUUGAGGCUUCCUACCUCCACCGUCUUCCCAGAGAAUGAUCCCUACCGCAGAGAAGCUUUCGGGUUCGGUAUUGAUGAUUCGUCUUCUUCUCCUUCGGCUACUAAUAACUAUAAGGGAGUACUAGUAAAUGGGUUGUUGUCACUGGCUGCCCUAGCGCCAUCUCGUGAUCCGGAGUUUCAUGACUCUGAUACUCAAUUAACUGUAUUGCACGAUUCCCUUGCGAUUCUCGUACAAGUUUGCAAGGUCCAAGAGGACGACGAGGAUUCCGACGAUGAAAUGUUGUUUGACAAUUACGUUGACGUGUGGGUGAUGAGGGAAUAUGGCAACAACGAAUCAUGGACUAAGAUGUAUUGUGUGUUGCGGGCUCCUGCAUCCCCGGAUUCACAGAUUUGGGAUGAUCUAUGUUUUUGGAAUGAGGAGGAGCUUGUGGCAAUACAUAGGGAUGAUGGGAACUUGGUGUCUUGUAGUUUGGGCCCCCAACUCCACCACCACCAACAACAAGAAGAAGAACAUAUUCGAGCUGUGAGGAAUGUGGAUCCCCAGCUUCUUGUUAAUGGGGCCGCAACAAGUGUCUCUUUUCGACCAACUUUGAUUUCUCUUGGGAGAUCAUCAACAUUUAAACAAAAGAAUGAUGAUAAGUUUCUCACCACAGCUCCAGCCAUGGAUGCCACCCCUAAGUCCCGCCCCAUCAUCCACAACCUACUCUUUCUAUCCUUACUAUUUUCAUCAAAUCUUUUAACUUAUUUAAUCUCUACAACUUCAUACUCUUCUCGUUUUCUCCAUUCCACCAUUACCGACUCUGCUCCUCCAACUAUUACUCUGCCUUCUACCGUUCAUCAGGAAGAUCAUCAAUCUUCGAAUGAAUCGAAAUCAUCGUCUGAAAUCGAACUUACACCUGAAUUUCUUGCACUCACAUCUCAACACAAACUCCCAUUUGGGUUCAACCCGAAUUUCGGUGCCGACUUCAUCUUACCUCCGGUUGGCCGCCCCUGUACCCAGUUCCCGGAUGAACUCAACCGGUACAUGUCGUACCAAGUCAACGGAUCUUGCCCGGACGACGAACGUUUGGCCCAGAAGCUUCUCUUAAAAGGAUGCGAGCCACUCCCAAGGCGGCGUUGCCGGCCAGCUGCUCCGGCGGAAUACGUGGAGCCUUACUCUGUUCCUGAAAGCUAUUGGAAAAUACCUCCUGAUUCCUCUGUUGUGUGGACUGCUUAUUCUUGCAAGAAUUACACGUGUCUGGUUAAUCGAGUUCGAAAUCAGAAAGCUUUUGAUGAUUGUAAAGACUGUUUUGAUCUCCAAGGCCCGGAAAAAGGUCGGUGGGUCGGACCAAACACAAAAUCAAACCUCAAUUUCACCAUUGAUGAAGUGCUGGCAGUGAAGAAACCUGGGACGAUCCGAAUUGGGCUGGAUAUUGGAGGUGGGGUCGGCACAUUUGCUGUAAGAAUGGCAGAAAGGAACGUCACAAUUGUGACAACUUCGAUUAAUCUGAAUGGUCCUUUCAAUAACUUCAUAGCAUCAAGAGGGGUGAUUCCUCUGUACAUGACCAUUUCACAAAGAUUGCCCUUUUUCGACAACACAUUGGAUAUAAUUCAUUCGAUGCAUGUUUUGAGCAAUUGGAUUCCAACAACGUUGUUGAAUUUCUUGUUGUUUGACAUCUAUAGGGUGCUUAGGCCUGGUGGGCUUUUCUGGCUUGACCAUUUUUUCUGUGUUGGAGAUCAGAUGGAACAGGUUUAUAUUCCUCUUAUAGAAAGCAUUGGGUUCACAAAAGUGAAGUGGGCAGUGGGGCAAAAGCUGGACAGAGGGCCGGAGCUGCGGGAGAUGUAUCUUUCUGCUGUGUUGGCGAAGCCAUUGAAGAAUUCUUGGUGA